AUGUCCUACCCGCCACCUCCAGGUCUCAAACAGACUCCCACCUCUCUCCCUCCUCGACCACCUCCCUCGAAUAAUGCUUCCAAGCCAUCGGGCUAUAGCGCCUUUACGGCGUUCCAGCCGCGCGCCGUAGCAUCCACCCAGCCGCAGCCACAGCCGCAUCCCUUUCGCACCAACCCGACGAUAGUGGCACCUCCGGUUUCGUCUGCCGGGUAUGCGUCACCUGCGCCUGGCUAUGGAAAUUACUACCAACAACCUCAGCCUCAGUCUUAUCAAAGCGGGCCCUCCUACUAUGGCGCGGGCGUCCCGCAGAUCCAGAACCCGUUUGGCUCCACACCAAAUCAACCUCACGGCCCUCGGAAUGGACCGAACUCCAGCAUGGACCCGGAGACCGAAGCCCAGAUCGCGCAAUGGCAAAGCGCGUACGCCAACCCCACUGAAGAGACCGGGAAACUGCAGGGCUCGAACGCCGUGACACCAUCGGCCGUCGGCACCCCCACCCCGAUUCCCCAACCAGAGUCACAGGCAACUGUCGUCCGGUCGGGCGGUGGCCAGAACUGGACCGAUUCAACUCUUUUGGAAUGGGACCCAGCCCAUUUCCGGCUCUUUGUGGGUAACCUUGCGGGCGAGGUGACCGACGAUUCGUUGCUGAAGGCAUUUGCGCGUUACUCCUCUGUACAAAAGGCGCGCGUGAUUCGUGAGAAGCGGACACAGAAAAGCAAAGGAUAUGGAUUUAUCAGCUUCAGCGAUGGUGAUGAUUAUUUUAAAGCUGCUCGUGAGAUGCAGGGCAAGUACAUCGGAUCGCAUCCCAUCCUAUUGCGGCGAGCCAACACCGAGGUGCGCCCGGUCUCGAAUAACAAGAAUCAGAAGAAGAGCAAUGGCGGCGGCGGCCGUGGAGUGGGGCUGAAAGUGAAGCAGGACGGAGUAAAGAAACCCGGGAAGACCAAGGGCGGGUUGAAGAUCUUGGGUUAA